AAUUUUGUAUGUAUAUAUAUAUGUAAUUAAGUUUCCUCCAUUUCACAGCUUAUUAUUAUACAGAUAAUCUCUGCUCAGGUUCGUUAAUGGCGAUUUGAGUGAACCCUUGAUUUUUUUGUGUUCUUCCCCAAAUUAAAAAAUUCGUGGCUUGUGAAUCUCUUAUAUUCGUUAUAUAUCUUUUCCUCCGUGAAAGAAAUAAAGCAGCAGCUUCUUUGCUUUUUUUUUUUUUUUUUUUCGAUUCCAGCUGUUGAAUGUGGGUUAUUCUUUUCCGAAUCGAAUCACCUUUUCUUUUUCCUCCAUUACAAAAAGACAAAUUCCUCAAUCAAUUGUUUACCAUUGCCUUCCGUUAGAGAGAGAAAGUGAAGAAGGAGAAGAAGAAAAGCCCCAGGAAAAAAAACAAAAAUGUUCGACGGGUUAUUGAAAACCAAAUUCUACACGAAAUGCAAGUCGGAUCUGAAGCUGACGAGGACCCGAGUUGAGAUGAUUCGGAAGAAGAGAAAUGCAGUGGAGAAAUAUUUGAGAAAAGAUGUAGCUGAUCUGCUCAAGAAUAAAUUGGAUUCUAACGCCUAUGGCCGGGCUGAAGGGCUUGUGGCUGAGAUGAACAGAACUAGCUGUUACGAGUUCAUCGAUCAAUCUUGCGAGCAUAUUCUCAAGAAUCUUUCCGCCAUGAACAAACAGAGGGAAUGUCCUGAAGAAUGCAGAGAAGCCGCAUCGUCUUUGAUGUUUGCAGCAGCUAGGUUUGCUGAUCUGCCUGAGCUUAGGGAGCUGAGAACUGUUUUCUCCGAGAGAUAUGGGAAUUCCCUCGAUAUCUAUGUUAAUAAACAGUUUGGUGAGAAGUUGAAAUCGGGCCCUCCUUCGAAAGACGAGAAGCUUCACCUCUUGCAAGAUAUAGCUGCAGAAUCGGGUUUGGAGUGGAAUUCGAAAGUUCUUGAAAAUAAGCUCUUUAACGAAUCUGCAAAUAACGAGAACCUUGCGAAGGAAAUCGAUGCAAAUGCGAAACCUACAAUUCGAAAAGAAGACAAGCUUCUGCACGCGAGAGAAUUUGGAGCCGAUAGUAAAAAGUACGUUUACGAACCGAAAAACGAAGUCAAAUUUCCUAUGAAGAAAGACCAUAAUGUUCCUCGUGUGAAGGACGUUCAAGUGGACCCCGUUGUAAGAACCGAGAAGAAGCCUAAUGUAAGAAAUGGUCUAGAGGAAAAACAUGAAGAAGAUAAGCAUCUCAAGUGCAGGUCAAUUCCUCUGCCUCCUUACACUAAAUCCGAGGUUAAUAAACCGAAAGACAAUGGCGAAGAGGAUACUAAUAAUAAUAAUAAGCCAAUCCCGAAAUCUGUAAGGAGAAGAAAGUCGACACCAGGUGGUUCGGAAGGAGACGAGAGAGAAAUGACGAACAAAGAAAGAGCUGCGCAGGCUCAAAAGAUCCUGAAAUUCUUCGACAAAAAUAACGGCUUCAGCGAACCGAAAGACGAAGAGGAGAGAAUGAUGGAUAAGCUUCUGCAUCACUACAGCAGGAAGAAGGUGGGGCCCGCGGAAGAAAAUGGUGGGGCCCGCAAGAGCCGAGACCCGCCGGGCCGAAGCACUUCUUUUCCUGGAGAAGUAGCGGCCCCGACUAUUACCGAGACACCUAAGAAACAUACUCGGACCGCUUCGCUGCAGCCCGAACUGUUGAAUGGGAAUGCUGUGCAUGUGCAUCCGAAGAUGCCGGAUUACGAUGACUUUGUUGCAAGAUUGGCUCUGCUUAGAGGGAAGUGAUUGGUUGAUUAUUCUGUGUAUGACAGACAUUAUUAUUAUUAUUAUUACAUUUAUUCUUUUUAUAUACUGUACUUUUUUUUUUUAAAUGUAAGAAGGUGAUUUCAUAGGAUGUACAAAUAUUAAUGUCAUUAAUAGUUGAUAUGUAUUACAGACUUACAGUAUUAGUAUUCAUCCAUUAUUGCUGGGGUUUGAUGUAAAUUACAUUCUUUUAUGAAUAUUUGAGUUGAUUGCAUUUUUAGUCCA